AUGCCGCCGGCGCCGGCGUACGCCGUGCUCGCCGCCGCCUUCAGGACUAAAAUCCCCACAUCCGUUACUAGGUGUCUCGGCGUCCUCGCCUCUCGCACGGCAGCUGUUCGGCCCAAUGCGUUAGAGGCAUUUCCUCGCGCAUCCUCUCCUCCAAGCUCUCAUUCAAGCCUUCUUCCAAGAGGAUAUGCUCAAGCGUCACCAAGACUCUGCCACACCAGCGCUCAGGAAGGCCCCUACAACGUCUGUGCCGGCGAAGUCCUGCGGGUCCUCAAGUCCUGCGAUGCUGACGCAGACCUCGGCAACGACCUCCGACGGUUCGCCGGUGAGAUGGACGAGGACGUCGUCCUCAAAGUGCUGCAGAAGCAGAGGUCCAACUGGCAGGUGGCGCUGUCGUUCUUCAACUGGGCGGCGGGGCUGCCUGCGUACGCCCAUGGCCCAAGGACCUACACCGAGAUGCUCGACAUCCUCGGGCGGAUGAAGAAGGUCAGGCUGAUGAGGCAGGUUUUCGACGAGAUCCCCGAGGAGCGCCGCGGGCCUGUCGUGACCAACAGGAUGUUUGCGGUCCUGCUGAACCGGUACGCGGGGGCGCACAAGGUGCAGGAGGCGAUCGAGAUGUUCUACAAGAGGGGGGAGUACGGGUUCGAGGUCGACUUGGUUGGGUUCCAGAUACUACUGAUGUCGCUUUGCCGGUACAAGCAUGUCGAGGAGGCGGAGGCCCUCUUUCUCCUGAAGAAAGACGAGUUCCCUCCUGUCAUAAAGAGCUGGAACAUCAUUCUCAACGGUUGGUGUGUCAAGGGAAGCCUGGCUGAUGCUAAAAGGGUUUGGAACCAGAUCAUCGCAUCCAAGCUCAAGCCGGACCUGUUCACGUAUGGCACCUUCAUAAAUGCGCUGACCAAAGCUGGCAAACUUAGCACGGCAGUGGAACUGUUUACGAGCAUGUGGGAGAAAGGAAUCAACCCCGACGUGGCGAUCUGCAACUGUAUCAUCGACCAAUUGUGCUUCAAGAAAAAGAUUCCAGAAGCACUUGAGAUCUUUCGUGAGAUGAAUGACCGUGGUUGUCAAGCAGAUGUGGCUACCUACAACACUUUGAUUAAACACUUCUCUAAAAUAAGGCGGACGGAGAAAGUUUAUGAGCUUCUGGAUGAUAUGGAGCAGAAGGGAUGCUGUCCAAACAAUAUGACAUACACCUACAUUCUGAAGACCACUGAGAAACCGAGAGAUGUUAUUAGUUUGAUUCAGAGGAUGGAGGAAUCAGGUUGUAGGUUGGACUCUGACACCUAUAACCUUAUAUUGAACCUUUAUGUCAGCAUGAAAUAUGAAAAGGGGGUACAACAAGUAUGGGAGGAGAUGGAGAGGAAUGGCUCAGGUCCUGAUCAGAGAUCAUUUACUAUCAUGGUUCAUGGGCUUCAUUCCCAGGGAAAGCUGGACCAGGCUUUGGAUUAUUACACGACAAUGAAGUCAAGAGGGAUGACUCCAGAACCAAGAACUAGGAUAUUGGUGAAAGCAAUACAUAUGAAGAAAGAUGAGCCCGCCACUGAAGACCGGUCUCCAAGUAGGGCCGGGAAGUAUCUGAAACUGGAUCGACGAUCAGGACUAUUCCAUGUUCAUAAGUAGUUCACCGGCAGAAUCUGCUUCUGUAAUCCUAGCAGAAGGUGAUGAGCAAUUGGGUUUAUGGGUCGUGAUCUGGUCUGUCAGUUUCUAGGUCCCCAAGCCCACCUCUUGGGCUGAAAAAAAAAACAUAAGAGAAGAAUCAUUGGCAAUAUGUUGCCCCAGAAGUUAUGCUCUUUGAAAUGUCAUAGCAGGAUAUGUUUAGGAUGUAUUGGGCAAUUCAAUUGCAGGUACAUAAUUUUUCCAAUAUCCAGUUCAGUUUUUGUUGAUUCUGUAUGGCUGAUGGCACUGGUAGGUGGGGCAUCCCUUCCCUUUCUUUCAUUUCCACUAGAUCUAGUUCGCUUGGUUCCCCUCUUGAGUUGAAUGUAUUAUUCCCUCUUCAUCUGUGAUAUUUUUUAUGGUUCUUAUAAAGCUUCCAAUUCAUUUUUGCUUGUACUUCUUCUGCCCUCUUGAUUUUAUUUUCAAAUAGGGUAUGC